GCGGCUUCGGCUCCGGCAGCACUGGAGGCAGCAGCGGCCGGAGGGCGACUUGCGGGGCGAGCCCGCCCGCCGCGGACCCGGACGCUUCCCCCUCCGGGACCCUGUGCCGACUCCCUCCGCCGCGCUGUCCCGCGGAAGCCCGCGGGACCCCCGGCCGACAGGGAGCGCCGGCGGCGGCCGCGGCACCAUGAGGCGGCCGUGGGGCGCGCUGCUGCUUGGCGCCCUGCUCUGCGCACACGGCCUCGCCAGCAGCCCCGAGUGUGCUUGUGGUCGUAGCCACUUCACGUGUGCGGUGAGUGCCCUUGGCGAGUGUACCUGCAUCCCUGCGCAGUGGCAGUGUGACGGGGACAACGACUGCGGGGACCACAGCGAUGAGGAUGGCUGUAUGCUGCCCACCUGCUCUCCUCUUGACUUUCACUGUGACAAUGGCAAGUGCAUCCGCCGCUCCUGGGUGUGUGAUGGGGACAACGACUGCGAGGACGACUCGGACGAGCAGGACUGUCCCCCCCGGGAGUGUGAGGAAGAUGAGUUCCCCUGCCAGAAUGGCUAUUGCAUCCGGAGCCUGUGGCACUGCGACGGGGACAAUGACUGCGGUGACAACAGUGAUGAGCAGUGUGACAUGCGCAAGUGCUCUGACAAGGAAUUCCGCUGCAGUGACGGAAGCUGCAUCGCCGAGCACUGGUAUUGCGACGGUGACACCGACUGCAAAGACGGCUCUGACGAGGAGAGCUGUCCCUCAGCAGUGCCAGCGCCCCCCUGCAACCUGGAGGAGUUCCAGUGUGCCUACGGCCGCUGCAUCCUCGACAUCUACCACUGUGACGGGGAUGAUGACUGUGGAGACUGGUCAGACGAGUCCGACUGCUCCUCCCACCAGCCCUGCCGCUCGGGAGAGUUCAUGUGUGACAGUGGCCUGUGCAUUAACGCGGGCUGGCGCUGCGAUGGCGAUGCAGACUGUGAUGACCAAUCAGAUGAGCGCAACUGCACCACCUCCAUGUGUACAGCUGAACAGUUCCGCUGCCGCUCAGGCCGCUGUGUCCGCCUGUCCUGGCGCUGUGAUGGAGAGGACGACUGUGCAGACAACAGUGAUGAAGAGAACUGUGAGAACACAGGAAGCCCCCAGUGUGCCUCGGACCAGUUCCUGUGCUGGAACGGGCGCUGCAUCGGGCAGAGGAAACUGUGCAAUGGGGUCAACGACUGUGGGGACAACAGUGACGAAAGCCCACAGCAGAACUGCCGGCCCCGGACGGGUGAGGAGAACUGCAAUGUUAACAACGGUGGCUGCGCCCAGAAGUGCCAGAUGGUGCGGGGGGUGGUGCAGUGUACCUGCCACACGGGCUUCCGGCUCACCGAGGAUGGGCACAUGUGCCAGGAUGUGAAUGAAUGCGCCGAGGAGGGGUACUGCAGCCAGGGCUGCACCAACAGCGAAGGGGCCUUCCAGUGCUGGUGUGAAGCAGGCUAUGAGCUCCGACCUGACCGGCGCAGCUGCAAGGCUCUGGGGCCGGAGCCUGUGCUACUGUUCGCCAAUCGCAUCGACAUCCGGCAGGUGCUACCGCACCGCUCCGAGUACACGUUGCUGCUCAACAACCUGGAGAACGCCAUUGCCCUUGACUUCCACCACCGGCGCGAGCUCGUCUUCUGGUCGGACGUCACCCUGGACCGGAUCCUCCGUGCCAACCUCAACGGCAGCAACGUGGAGGAGGUUGUGUCUACAGGGCUCGAGAGUCCAGGGGGCCUGGCUGUGGAUUGGGUCCAUGACAAACUCUAUUGGACCGACUCAGGGACAUCAAGGAUUGAGGUGGCCAACCUGGAUGGUGCCCAUCGGAAGGUGCUGCUGUGGCAAAACCUUGAGAAGCCCCGGGCUAUUGCCUUGCACCCCAUGGAGGGUACCAUUUACUGGACAGACUGGGGCAACACCCCCCGCAUUGAGGCCUCCAGCAUGGAUGGCUCUGGACGCCGCAUCAUCGCCGAUACUCAUCUCUUCUGGCCCAAUGGCCUCACCAUUGACUAUGCGGGCCAUCGUAUGUACUGGGUGGAUGCUAAGCACCAUGUCAUCGAGAGGGCCAAUCUGGACGGGAGUCACCGCAAGGCUGUCAUUAGCCAGGGCCUCCCCCAUCCCUUUGCCAUCACCGUGUUUGAAGACAGCCUGUACUGGACAGAUUGGCACACCAAGAGCAUCAACAGUGCUAACAAAUUCACUGGCAAGAACCAGGAGAUCAUUCGCAACAAGCUCCAUUUCCCCAUGGACAUCCACACCCUGCACCCCCAGCGCCAGCCUGCAGGGAAGAACCGCUGUGGGGACAACAAUGGUGGCUGCACCCACCUGUGUCUGCCCAGUGGCCAGAACUACACCUGCGCCUGCCCCACAGGCUUCCGCAAGAUCAGCGGCCACGCCUGUGCCCAGAGUCUUGACAAGUUCCUGCUUUUUGCCCGAAGGAUGGACAUCCGUCGGAUCAGCUUUGACACAGAGGACCUGUCCGACGAUGUCAUCCCACUGGCUGACGUGCGCAGUGCUGUGGCCCUUGACUGGGACUCCCGGGAUGACCACGUGUACUGGACAGAUGUCAGCACUGACACCAUCAGCAGGGCCAAGUGGGAUGGAACAGGACAGGAGGUGGUAGUGGAUACCAGUUUGGAGAGUCCAGCAGGCUUGGCCAUUGAUUGGGUCACCAACAAGCUCUACUGGACAGAUGCGGGUACAGACCGGAUUGAAGUGGCCAACACAGAUGGCAGCAUGAGGACCGUUCUCAUCUGGGAGAAUCUUGAUCGUCCCCGGGACAUCGUGGUGGAACCCAUGGGCGGGUACAUGUAUUGGACUGACUGGGGUGCAAGCCCCAAGAUUGAACGAGCUGGCAUGGAUGCCUCUGGCCGCCAGGUCAUCAUCUCUUCCAAUCUGACUUGGCCUAAUGGAUUAGCCAUUGACUACGGGUCCCAGCGGCUUUACUGGGCAGAUGCUGGCAUGAAGACGAUUGAAUUUGCUGGUCUGGAUGGCAGCAAGAGGAAGGUGCUGAUUGGAAGCCAGCUCCCCCACCCCUUUGGGCUGACCCUGUACGGAGAGCGCAUCUAUUGGACUGACUGGCAGACCAAGAGUAUACAGAGCGCAGACCGACUGACGGGGCUAGACCGGGAGACCCUACAGGAGAAUUUGGAGAACCUUAUGGACAUCCAUGUCUUCCACCGCCGGCGGCCCCCAGUGUCCACGCCAUGCGCUAGGGAGAAUGGAGGCUGCAGCCAUCUGUGUCUUCGGUCCCCAAAUCUGAGUGGCUUCAGCUGUACCUGCCCCACGGGCAUCAACCUGAUGCCUGAUGGCAAGACCUGCUCACCAGGCAUGAACAGUUUCCUCAUCUUCGCCAGGAGAAUAGACAUACGCAUGGUCUCCUUGGACAUCCCUUAUUUUGCUGACGUGGUGGUACCUAUCAACAUUACCAUGAAGAAUACCAUUGCCAUUGGAGUAGAUCCCCAGGAAGGAAAGGUGUACUGGUCAGACAGUACCCUGCACAGCAUCAGCCGUGCCAAUCUGGAUGGCUCUCAGCAUGAGGACAUCAUCACCACAGGGCUGCAGACCACAGAUGGGCUCGCAGUGGAUGCCAUUGGCCGGAAAGUAUACUGGACAGACACGGGAACCAACCGGAUCGAAGUGGGCAACCUGGACGGGUCCAUGAGGAAAGUGCUGGUGUGGCAGAACCUGGACAGCCCGCGGGCCAUCGUGCUGUACCAUGAGAUGGGGUUCAUGUACUGGACAGACUGGGGGGAGAACGCCAAGCUGGAGCGGUCUGGAAUGGACGGCUCAGACCGGACUGUGCUAAUCAGCAACAACCUAGGAUGGCCCAACGGGCUGACUGUGGACAAGGCCAGCUCCCAACUGCUCUGGGCUGAUGCCCACACUGAGCGAAUUGAGGCUGCCGACCUGAACGGUGGCAGCCGGCACACGCUGGUGUCCCCCGUUCAGCACCCCUAUGGCCUCACCCUGCUUGACUCCUAUAUCUACUGGACCGACUGGCAGACCCGGAGCAUCCACCGUGCUGACAAGGGGACCGGCAGCAACGUCAUCCUGGUGAGGUCCAAUCUGCCAGGCCUCAUGGACAUCCAAGCUGUGGACCGGGCACAACCACUGGGUUCUAACAAAUGUGGCUCUAGAAAUGGCGGCUGCUCCCACCUCUGCUUGCCUCGACCCUCGGGCUUCUCCUGCGCCUGCCCCACUGGCAUCCAGUUGAAGCGAGAUGGGAAGACAUGCGAUCCCUCCCCCGAGACCUACCUGCUCUUCUCCAGCCGAGGCUCCAUCCGGCGUAUCUCGCUGGAUACCAGCGACCACACGGACGUGCACAUCCCAGUUCCCGAGCUGAACAAUGUCAUCUCCCUGGACUAUGACAGCGUGGACGGGAAGGUCUAUUACACAGACGUGUUCCUGGAUGUUAUCAGGAGAGCAGAUCUGAAUGGCAGCAACAUGGAAACAGUGAUCGGGCGUGGGCUGAAGACCACUGACGGGCUGGCAGUAGACUGGGUAGCCAGGAAUCUGUACUGGACGGACACGGGCCGAAAUACCAUUGAAGCGUCAAGGCUAGAUGGUUCCUGCCGCAAAGUGCUGAUCAACAACAGCCUGGACGAGCCUCGGGCCAUUGCCGUUUUCCCCCGGAAGGGGUACCUCUUCUGGACCGACUGGGGCCACAUUGCCAAGAUUGAGCGGGCAAACUUGGACGGCUCUGAGCGGAAGGUCCUCAUCAACACAGACCUGGGUUGGCCCAAUGGCCUCACCCUGGACUAUGACACCCGCAGGAUCUAUUGGGUAGAUGCACAUCUGGACCGGAUCGAGAGUGCUGACCUCAAUGGGAAGCUACGGCAGAUCUUAGUCAGCCAUGUCUCCCACCCCUUUGCUCUCACUCAGCAGGACAGAUGGAUCUAUUGGACAGACUGGCAGACCAAGUCAAUCCAGCGUGUGGACAAGUACUCAGGCCGGAACAAGGAGACAGUGUUGGCGAACGUGGAAGGGCUUAUGGACAUCAUUGUGGUUUCUCCUCAGCGACAGACAGGGACGAAUGCCUGUGGUGUGAACAAUGGAGGCUGCACCCACCUGUGCUUUGCCAGGGCCUCCGACUUUGUAUGUGCCUGUCCCGAUGAGCCAGAUGGCCGGCCCUGCUCCCUUGUACCUGGUCUGGUGCCCCCAGCUCCCAGGGCUACCAGCCUAAGUGAAAGGAGCCCAGUGCUACCCAAUACACUCCCUACCACCUUGCGUUCCUCCACCACUCGGACCCGCACAUCUUUGGAGGAGGUGGGAGGAAGAUGCUCUGAAAAGGAUGCCCAGCUGGGCCUCUGUGCGCAUUCCAACGAGGCUGUUCCUGCUGCUCCAGGGGAAGGACUUCACGUCAGCUACGUCAUCGGUGGGCUCCUCAGUAUCCUGCUGAUUUUGUUGGUGAUUGCAGCUUUGAUGCUGUACAGACACAAAAAAUCCAAGUUAACUGAUCCCGGAAUGGGGAACCUGACCUACAGCAACCCCUCCUACCGAACUUCCACUCAGGAAGUGAAAAUUGAAGCAAUCCCUAAGCCAGCCAUGUACAACCAACUGUGCUAUAAGAAAGAGGGGGGGCCUGACCAUAACUACACAAAGGAGAAGAUCAAGAUCGUAGAGGGAAUCUGCCUUCUGUCUGGGGACGAUGCCGAGUGGGACGACCUCAAGCAACUGCGCAGCUCCCGGGGGGGCCUUCUGCGGGAUCACGUGUGCAUGAAGACAGACACAGUGUCUAUCCAGGCCAGCUCUGGCUCCCUGGAUGACACGGAGACGGAGCAGCUGUUGCAGGAAGAGCAAUCGGAGUGUAGCAGCGUCCAUACUGCCACCACUCCGGAAAGACGGGGCUCUCUGCCAGACACAGGCUGGAAACAUGAACGCAAGCUCUCCUCAGAGAGCCAGGUCUAAAGGCCCAUGGUCCCUCCUCUCCCUACCCGUUCCUUCUCCUCUAUGGACAUCUGGUCCUUGUGCUCACUUACACAACAGGCCCCCUUCCUGUGUGCUUGUCCUUCUCCUCCACCUCCCACCCCGUAACUGCUCCCGAGCCCUCAACCGGGAGCUGUUUCCACCUGAGUUCGUAACGACCUGUGCGCAAGAAAUGACGGUGCGUCCCGAAAAUUUAGACCUGGAUUUUACCACGAAGCUCACCUCUUGUGCUCCGUCCUGAGCGCCCCGAAACCAGGCUCGGUAAUGAUUCCUCAUCAGUACAGAGCUCCACCUCCCCUUUCCCUGGUACCCUGCCCCACGAGAACUGAUGACCCAACACUUCACUCUCCCCCAGCAGAGCCAGCCUGGCUGCUUCCCUGAGAGAACUUGCCCAUCAGGGGCUGGGGCAGGGGUCAAGGGUAAAGAGAGAGAUGAAGGAAAGAAGCUGAGAGAGGAAGGAGGAAUAAGCCCUGCUGGUCCGGGUGUCUCGGAAGCCUCCAGCCUCAAAUGCAUCGGUAAUAUGAGAAAGCUUUUAGGGGUGGUUGGGCUGCAUCUCCUGUCCGUUGCUGGCAAUGGAUAUUAUUCUUGCCCUAAGAGCUACUGGUUUUUUUGUUUUUUGUUUUUCGUUUUUUGUUUUUUUCAGCUGCCAAUAUUGGUAAGAUCUGGGUGUGACUCAAGCUGUUCUUCCUCCUGCUAGAGUGUCUGGAAGCUCCUACCUUCCGAUGACAGGGUUUUAUUGCAUGGCAGCUGGCUAAUAUGAAUUCCCCCGCUGGUACCACCACUGGCCAGUACCCUUAUGUCUUUGACUCUAAGUAACCAGGUUGUGAGCGGGGGUUUAAGUAAUGUGGGGCCCCGAGUACUGAGUCUCUGCACGGUCCAACCAGCGCUGCUUAGACCAAAAGUAGCC